AUGGCUCCAGCACCGACUCCAGCACCGUUCAGCGUUGGUCUGCUUUGCGCCUACAAACAGUACAAGGCAGACACCGAGACGAUUGCCAGCUGGCUCAAGACAACCGCCGUCAAGCAUGGCUACAAGUUUGAUGGUCAGGAUGGAACAACCAUUCGAACCUCAGACUUUAUCCCCAUGGCCCAGCAGAUUGUUGCCGAUGUCAAACAAGCCCGGUUCACCCUACAUCCAUCCAUUCAUCAAGCGUUCCGUCGAGCCAUAAUUUCUCGGAAGGAUUGUACUGCUUGGUAUGAGGAGAACACAGAGGGCCAGUGGACAAGCAACGUGAAACAUGCCUAUUUCACCAACAUCUUGAUGACCGCGUGGGAUAUUCUCCUCGCCGCAGCCGACUCUUCCAAGCCUGAGUCUAGGACCCUGAAGCCAAUUCGAAAGCGGGACAUACCAAAGGCUCGGACAGCAGUUGCGGAGCACAAAAUUGACGUCUCGUCCAAUCGCUUUGCUGCAGUGUACAUCGACGCUGGGGGUGACGAAGACAACGAUGACCUGGAUGAUGCAGACGCUGAAAGCUCCAAACUCACUGGCAUUCCCACGAAAGGAAAGAAAUCCAAGAGAUCCUACACGGCACCGCCUACGACAAUAAUCCCUGACGAGGAUCAGGUGGAGGAAGAGUUCUGGUUUGCUAUACAGUCCUUUCUUCAGGAGCAACAGAAGGUCCGGGAAGAGGUGAGGCGCUACUGGAAAGAUUUCAAAGGCGACGAGAGCCACCUUAUCAUGGCCACUUUCGGAACGCGCAUGGCCAUCGAUCUCAUCCGCCGAUCAGAGAUCGAACUGGGCCUGCAGGUGAACCGACCAGCGAGAUUUCCUGAGGACAAGUAUCCGGUCUCUACCUUUCCCGCCCUGCUUGUUGGCACGAAGCAGCAGAACAGACGGCUUUUCGAUUCUCCGCUUGACGGGUUUGUCCUGGUACCGAGCCGUCUGAAUGAGCUGACCCUCUACAAUACCUAUUCGACUCUCAAGUCCUGGUGCUACUUCCUGAGAGACGAUCCUACCUACAAAGUCAGCAAGAGGUUGUUUUCAAAUGAAGAGGUCAGACGAUUGAUUUUGAAAAUCUCCUGGGUCAGAUCGAUCGUAGAUCAGCGACUGCCAUACGAGGAUGACAUUACCAGAGGCGUGAAGAAGGCCCUGCAGUGUGGGGAGGUCCCAAUCUGGACAGUGUUUGCCAUGAGGUUGCUGCUCGACAUGGAAGAUGUCCUCUACGAGUGUCCAUUCUUACCCUGGCAGGACGCUUCUCAACAUACCUUGAAGCAUGCUCACACACCUCUGACUCACUGGCAUCACCAGACAGGCUGUCGUCACAUUCCCCUUGCCGAGGAAACCUUGGAUGAGGACUUCUCGAAGGAGCGUCUUGUUAAGCGCAAACCGUCCCUUGCAAGCAAGCCUAUAAGCAUGCUAGAGAAGGUCAGGUCCUUGGAAGGCCCUAGGAAGAAAGGAAUAGCGAAAAAGCGGCCGGCAAAGAAAAAACUCCCGAAGGCUGUCAAGGUCGAUGACGAGGGCGGGCCAUGUACGUGCGAUGACUGCCUGAGGUGCGGCUACGACUGGUACGAAAAAGACGUCAGGCGUGCUCUCGACUGGAUGAUCGAUGUGGAGCAAGGCCCAAUGCCUUUUGCUCCACAUUCUUCUGAGAAAAUCAGGAUGAAUCCACUGCACUGCGGUCUGAUCAAGUAUGACCUUUACCGAUCGCGCCAGGUGAGUGCGCUGUACCAGAACACCCACGACAACCGGGAUAUCUGGACCAUGAUGUACAUUUAUGCGGCUGGUCGAUCGGCUUUCCCAGAUUCCCUCCCCUGGCCCGACAUGGAAUUCUUGCUCUACCAGCAAGAUGAAAAACACGUGUUCUUCGGAGGACGGCCGAAGAACGUCGAAUGGACAGCUCGGAAAUGGCUUUUGGCAUUGGGCAAGUCCUCCAAUGACUACUCUUACAGAGACUUGGGCCACGUACAAUGUUGUAGCUCGCGGUUCUGGAUUAAUUACAGGAAGUGGCGACCCUUGAAGGACAACAGUGUCUUGGGCGGGUUCAUCUCGUCUCGAAUGCACUGCUGCGAUGUCCAUCAUGCAAUUGCGCAGGACAACUUCAUGGAAAUGAUUCGAACGAUGCAUACCCCUGACGUACUGUCGCGCCUGGCUCGCAUGCUUGACAUGAGCCAGGAUGAAGCGAAGGCGUUUGUGGCAACUUGGACUAGUCGGCUGCACAGCUGGACAUUGAAGGACAUUCUAGAGCUCACUCAGAUGUACCUUGCUGUGGACCUUGCGGAUAUUGGAUUCGACUGGGCCGCAUUGGAUUCUGCCUGCUCAGAGAUGUGGAAGGAAGCUUUCCCUCUUCUGCGGGUUAAGCACUCCAACGCCGGAGAGGAUGACGACCACCACUGUGACCAUGAGGCCUGUGAUGUUGGCACUCAGCCGUCGACUUGGACCACGAUGAUCCUCAGUCAGGCCGCCGAGGUUGAAAUCGACCUGUCGGAAAAGAAGAAAAAAGAUCCCGGUGUGUGCCCAGGAGCUCGAAAAAGCUUUGCUGCGGAAGAGGGCCUUGUCAAACUGUUGGACACGAGAAACGAGAAGCCUUACCCGGCCCGAAUCGUGGCUCCUCACGUCCAGAAAUGCUUCAAGGGAUACCCGGAGGACCUUGCGAAGCAGAGCAGUUCGAUGAUUCUUGCCGAGAGAGUCAUGGCUAGCGAUACCGGUGCACUUCGCACUCCGAAGACGACCAAGCGCGCGGAUCUCGCCAAGAAGCAUAUGGCGCAACCACACAACGCCAAAGAGGGUAAAGAAGCCUGUAAAGUGAUCAUAGGCGAUGUCAACGUCGAAAAGGGCAAGAGUCUGGAGGCAAAGCUGGCCGGGACAAAGUUUGUCAAAUGCGACACCACGGAGUGGGAGGACCAGCUGGAGAUGUUCCGCACCGCAGCCAGCUUUUCUGACGACGGUCGGAUAUCAUACGUCGUAGCCAAGGCGGGAAUCGCUCGCGCCGACGAGGUGUUCUCCUACUCUGGAGACGACCAGGAGCCCACAAAGCCCGACCUCAGCAUCACAGACGUGAACAUCACGGGUACCCUGUACACUGCCAAGCUCGCCUUCCACUACUUCGUGAAGCAGAACGGCACGGAGCCCACGCCGGCGCAGCAGGACACGUGCCUCGUGCUCAUCGGCUCGGGGGCCGCCUUCCUCGACUGCCCGCGGGGCCCGCAGUACUCUGCGUCCAAGUGGGCGGCGAGGGGGAUCAUGCACUCUCUGCGGCGCACCGCGCACUACUACGGCAGCCGGGUGAAUGUCAUCUCGCCGUGGUACGUGCGGACCAACAUCCCCUCCGAGGAGGCGUUCCGGAACGUGGGCGGGGGUUGGGGUCGAGCAAAAGAGACUGCCAUGGAGCUGCAGGCUGCUUACGAUGGCAUGGUCAACCUGGAAGGCGAACUUACCUUCAACCAACAGCGUCAUUCAUUUGAAUACAUUUUCUGGCCACCCUUGCCAGGAUGGUGCCUCAUACCAUUCAACAUCUCGGAGAAGAGAAUCCGCUCAGAGAAUGGCGAAUUGACUCCAAUCCGUUACGGGCUCGGCCAGAAAUACGGAGAUCAGAUGUGGAAAGUUGGUGUGCUCGGGUUCUUCCAGUCGUGGAGGCAAUAUGGCCAGAUCUUUGACCAUCUUCUCAUCCCCGUUCACUUUCCGUGGCAGGACGACAGCACACCAGAUGAGGAGGUCCCAAUGUUUGGACUCGUCCAUAUGGAGAAGGGCUGCAAGACGGCCUACUUCCAUGUGAUGACCGAGUGGCAGCAGGAAACCUAUGACAAGCCUGAGUGCACCAAGCUGUGGGCAGAAAAUCUUGUGCAGCAGCUGACGUCUGAGCAGGGUGUUGAUAAGGCCUUGUUCUUCGGAGACUCCUCUAUCGAGAUUAGGUACGUUCCCAAUCGAGUCGGCCCCGAGUGGCAGAAUCUUGGAUGGCGAGGCCGGGACAUGACGGAGCUCAGCAAGCUGAGCUUUUACUACAUCGUGUAUGCUGCCACACAGCUCGCAGUCCAUGGGGUACAGGACGCAGAGAUUCCUGAGUUUGGGCUUGAAGAGGUCUUCAUCGGCCUGGCUCAGACGCUCUUGGGCGUGAGCACUGCUUUGGAUAACGCGGACGAGGGGAGGAAGACUCUCGAGCUCGAGCUCCAUUGCGACAUCGUCGUCAUCUGGCCCCCUGCGAAGAAUGGCGAAGUCAAAGCCACCAAGGCGCCCUCUCCACCGAACCCAUCGGUCGACCCGCUAGCACCAAUAGAAAAGUCGGUCCAAGAACAACGCAAGGCAGACUGGGCCAUCAUCAAAGAGAUGUCCCAUUACCUCUGGCCGAAGGAUAGUUUUGGGACCAAGCUGCGGGUCGGGCUGGCCGUGUCUCUGCUCGUAGGUGCCAAAGUUCUGAACGUCCAGGUGCCAUUUUAUUUCAAGAGCAUUGUAGACGCGAUGAACAUUGACGUCGCUUCCACGGGCGGCACCGUCGUCACGGUUGCGAGCACCAUGAUCUUCGCAUAUGGCGCGACGAGGAUAGGGGCCACCGUCUUCCAGGAGCUGCGGAACGCUGUCUUCGCGUCAGUCGCGCAGAAAGCCAUUCGAAAGGUGGCGUGUGAUGUCUUCGACCACUUGUUGCGGCUGGACUUGAGCUUUCAUCUAUCCAAGCAGACUGGUGGUUUGACGAGGGCCAUCGACCGUGGAACGAAGGGUAUCAGCUUCCUGCUGACCAGCAUGGUCUUCCACGUUAUCCCCACAGCUCUGGAGAUCACAAUGGUGUGCGGCAUCCUGACAUACCAGUACGGCGGUUCUUUUGCGGCCAUCACGGCGAUCACCAUGGCGACAUACAGUGCCUUCACAAUCUGGACAACUGCUUGGAGGACUAAGUUCCGAAGGCAGACCAAUGCAGCAGACAACAAGGCAUCUACGGUGGCUGUCGACUCACUCAUCAACUACGAGGCCGUCAAGUAUUUCAACAACGAAAAGUUCGAGAUUGCACGGUAUGACAAGGCACUACAGCAGUACGAGAAGUCGUCGAUCAAGGUCGCCACGUCUCUUGCUUUUCUCAACUCGGGACAGAACAUCAUCUUCUCUACCGCCCUGACAACUAUGAUGUACCUGGGCGCCAAUGGCAUAGCUACAGGCAGCCUGACAGUGGGUGACCUAGUCAUGAUCAACCAGCUUGUGUUCCAGCUUUCAGUCCCACUCAACUUUCUUGGGUCAGUGUACCGGGAGCUGAGGCAGAGUCUCUUGGAUAUGGAGACUCUCUUCAAUCUUCAAAAGGUCAAUGUCACUAUUACUGAGCCGCAUAAUGCGCGCCCACUGGCACUGCCCAAGGGCGGUGAAAUCCGCUUCGAGAAUGUCACGUUCGGCUACCAUGCGGACAGACCUAUCCUUCGCAACCUCAACCUCGUGAUUCCCGCCGGGAAGAAGGUCGCCAUAGUCGGACCUUCGGGUUGUGGAAAGUCGACCCUGCUGAGACUACUGUUCCGAUACUACGACGCGCAGGAAGGCCGCGUUCUGAUAGACGAUCAGGACAUCCGACAGGUCCAACUUGACAGCUUGCGCCGAUCUAUCGGGGUUGUCCCGCAAGACACUCCGCUCUUCAAUGACACGAUCGAGCACAACAUCCGCUACGGUGACAUUAACGCGCCGGAGGAGCGUGUCAUCGCUGCCGCUAAGCGAGCUCGGAUCCAUGACACCAUUGAGUCCUUGAAGGAUGGUUACAGCACCAAGGUUGGCGAGCGCGGUCUGAUGAUCUCAGGAGGCGAGAAGCAGCGUCUUGCGGUAUCGCGGUUGCUUCUGAAGGACCCACCUCUGCUCUUCUUCGACGAGGCUACCAGCGCCCUCGACACGCACACAGAGCAGGGCUUGAUGCAGAACAUCAACUCCAUCCUGAAGGAAAAGAACCGUACCAGUGUAUUUGUGGCACAUCGGCUGAGGACAAUAUAUGAUGCCGACUUGAUUAUUGUGUUACAAGGUGGGACAGUCGCGGAAAGCGGCACGCACCGGGAACUGGUGGACCAGGGUGGUGUGUACUCUGAACUUUGGAGUGCACAAGAAACACUGUUCCAGGAGAACGGCGAGGAAGCAGGGGAAGAGAAGGACGAAUCUUCGCGAUAA